UCCCGGGCUUUCAGGAUGCCCCGUUUCUAAACCCCAAAGCCCUGAAGCCCCGCGCCGUUUCGAAAUGGAGAAAGCCACGACGACAUUGGGCCCGGGCGCUGAGAUCGCUAAAGGAACCCAACGCCCGGCCCCACCCGAAGUGAGGGGAAGAAGCCCAGAGCCGAACCCCCCCCGGACGGAUCUUGAGAGUCAUCCCGAGCCGGUCCCCACCACCCCGGUCCCUAGCACUGGCGUCAACGCAAUCCACGCUGACGAGUAUCCUGAGGGUGGUAGAGAGGCGCUGGUCGUCUUGUUCGGCACGUGGUGCGUCCUCUUCUGCACCUUCGGCCUCGGCAACAGCAUCGGCGUCUUUCAGACAUACUACGUCAACCACGCGCUCCGCCAGUAUUCCUCGUCCACUAUUUCGUGGAUCACAAGCUUCAUGCAAUGGACCUUGAACUUUAUGCCCAUCGUGUGGGGCUUCGCCUUCGAUAAGUACGGCGCACGCUGGAUCCUCGUCUUCGGCACCGUGACCUACGUCUUUGGCAUGAUGAUGGUGUCCCUGGCAACCGAGUACUACCAGUUCUUCCUCGCGCAGAGCAUCGUCUGUCCCAUCGGCGCCAGCGCCGUGACCAGCGCGAGCAUGUCGUGUCUCGUGACCUGGUUUCACCGCAGGCGCGCCACCGCCUUCGGCAUCAUGAUGUCCGGCUCCUCGUUUGGCGGCAUCAUCCUGCCCAUCAUGAUCCCGAGGCUGAUCGACUCCGUCGGGUUCCCCUGGGCGAUGCGCGCCGUCGGGUUCAUGUUCCUGGGGCUUCUCACCGUCGCCUGCUUCACGGUCAAGUCUCGACUCACGCCACAGAAGAAGCCGGUGGACUUUGGGGAAUAUUUGCGUGGCAUCCGGGAACCGACAAUGAUGUCGACUGUGUUCGGGCUCUUCUUGGUGUUCUGGGGGCUAUUCCUUCCCUAUAACUUUGUCAUCCUGCAGGCCAAAGCACAAGGCAUGGAUGACAAUCUUGUCAUCUACCUCCUGCCGAUCAUGCACGCCGUUGGCAUCAUCGGGCGUGUCGUACCUGGGCUCUUCGCAGACAAGAUCGGCCGGUACAAUAUUAUGAUCAUCAUCGCCACGUUGACAGGAAUCGCCUGCCUAGCCUUGUGGAUACCGAUCCAAAACAACGCCGGCAUCCUCGUCUUCACAGCGGUCUUCGGCUUCCUUUCCUCGGGCCUGACGUCCAUCGGGCCUACCUUGAUCGCCCAGAUCUCCGACAUCAGGGAGAUCGGCGCGCGGACCGGCACCGCGUUCGCGUUCCAGUCGUUCGGCGCGCUCACAGGCAGCCCAAUUGCGAGCGCCAUCGUCGACGCGCGUGGGGGAGAAUACCUGGGCCUGCAGCUGUUUUGUGGGUUCUCGAUCCUGGCGUCGGCGGGCGUUUUCGCGUCGGCGAGGCAUGUGCAGGCGGGAGGCUUCAAGUUGAAAAAGGUUUGAUGCCGAUUAGUGCUUUGCAAUGAGAUCAUCCUAUAACGACAUGGAUAUGAGAAACGGCCAUGGAGAAAUCAUUGGUCUUGCAAGGAACUUUGAGAUUGGACCGAUAUGGACCAUAGCUGGCGCAGCUUUGGUGGACUAACCGGCCGAGUAAAAGAAUUGGUCAAGACAAUAUGCAAUCCCAUUGAGGCAACAACCUCUUGCUUCCAAGACUGGAGCUACAAUGCGCCAAUACUCCCCUAUUCAGCGAAUCCCACUCGCAACUCUUUCGAUGUACUCCGCUGCUUUCCAUCAGCACUUCCUAGAUAGGCGACCACAAGCCCACACCACUGCCAGCGAAAUUAAAAC